UUAGAUCUACUAAAGGUCAACAAUGAAAAACAGGACCACGUUUACUGAGUUCAUUCUGUUGGGCCUCACAAACCAACCUGAAGUCCAGGUUGUGAUGUUCAUCUUUCUGUUCCUCACCUACAUGCUAAGUGUCCUAGGAAAUCUGACCAUCAUCAUACUCACUCUAGUAGACCCCCACCUCCAGACCCCCAUGUACUUCUUCCUCCGGAAUUUCUCCUUCUUAGAAAUUUCCUUCACGUCCAUUUUUAUUCCCAGAUUUCUGACCAGCAUGACAACAGGAAAUAAAGCCAUCAGCUUUGCUAGAUGCUUGACCCAGUAUUUUUUUGCUAUAUUUCUUGGAGCAACAGAGUUUUACCUCCUGGCUUCUAUGUCCUAUGACCGCUAUGUGGCAAUCUGCAAACCUCUGCAUUACCUGACCAUCAUGAGCAGCAGAGUCUGCCUACAACUCGUGUUCUGCUCCUGGCUGGGGGGAUUCCUAGCUAUCUUCCCCCCAAUCAUCCUGAUGAGCAAGGUGAGUUUCUGUGCGUCCAAUGUGCUGAAUCACUAUUACUGUGACUAUGGGCCCCUCCUGGAUCUUGCCUGCUCAGACACAAGCCUCUUAGAAUUGAUGGUCAUCUUCUUGGCAGUUGUGACUCUAGUGGUUACUCUGGUGCUGGUGACACUUUCUUAUACAUAUAUUAUUAGGACCAUUCUGAGGAUCCCUUCUGCCCAGCAAAGGACAAAGGCUUUUUCCACUUGUUCCUCACACAUGAUUGUCAUUUCCCUGUCUUAUGGCAGCUGCAUGUUUAUGUACAUUAAUCCUUCUGCAAAAGAAGAAGGUGCUUUCAACAAAGGAAUAGCUGUGCUCAUUACUUCAAUUACUCCUUUAUUAAACCCCUUCAUUUACACUCUAAGAAAUCAGCAAGUGAAGCGAGCAUUAAAAGACACCAUCAAAAAGAUAGUGAAGAUUUAAAAACAGAAUACAUUUCAAUGAAAAUAUAUUUCACUUAAUAAAUAUGUAUUGAGUGUCUACUAUUUUUCAGUGGCUGAACUGGCCCU